AUGACGCCGCCUGUGGUGGCUCAUUACAUUAUCUGGCAACCGGAGUGGCAGCGGACAGAAGAGAGGGGAUCCCCGGGAUUUUUACACCGAAGCCAGUUAAAUACCAUCAGCAAACAUCUGAAGACUGCGGAGGAACUCAGCCAGGCUCCUCCUAGACUCCGUAAGUUCUUUAUUUCAUGACGAUAUUACAAAGGCGUUCAAUAUUCAAUCUUCAAUUAAAUUAUGACGACGGUGGGAAGUUUCUCUUUCGGCGUUAGCACGGCUAACGUAAGUUAAGCUAGCUAGCAUAGCUUCAUCUCAGCUAACGUGAAAGGUAACAGUUUGUGUGUCGCUCUGCCACACACACACACGCACACAUCUAUUGAGUGCGGGUUGCCAAGAACAAAUCCGCCUCAAAAAGUGGAGCAAUAUUAAAACAAACUUCUCCGGCAAACUUGUAUAAAGAUGCACCAUAGUAGGAUAUAAUGUUAGUUUUUGUUUUUUCGAAACUCAAAAGAGGAUGCUAAAGUUGGGGACAUAUUGAGAGUUUAGUUUGCAAUAAAAGUGUGAUUAUUGGUGAAUAUUCAGAGUGUCUGUCUGAGCUGACGAGUGUCCAGGGAGGUAGCUGCUUUAGCGGGCUAACAUCGCUGCUAGCUAGCCUUUUAACACCAGCAGCUCACUGAUACGGGGUCGAUUUCAUUGUCUGUCGUGUAUCGCUAUUUGGACGCACACACACAUCCAAGAAACAGAACCACAACCUCUGUGCUCAGAGUUAAAGGAGUGUACACUCCAGCGGUCACUUCUUUAACUUUUCCCUUUAUUAAUGGUCAUGGUCAUUAUUGUGUGUUAGCUCGCGUUAGUUAGCCUCUGGUUUUGUAGCCGGGCAGAUGGACAGGUUGUUGUUGGCAAGCCAAGUUAACGUUAGCAUGAGAUAGCUUGUUGUUGUUGAUGGGUUAGUUGAGGGGAAAAAGGUAGCUUUUUUUAUUGGUUAAAGUUGUCUCUCUAAAGUUUAGGAACAUCAUGAGGAGCAUUUAUACCGGUAAAGAGUGAGCCGGCUGUUGUUUGUGGUCGUGGAUGGGUCUGAUUAUUGCUCCGUGAGCCAUUGAUCUCAGAACUUUGUCAGAUUAGCUCAACCGUGAAAAGCCUUUUUAUGGAGGCGUAAUGGUGGACGGUGGUGCCUCCGUCUGGGUGUGUGUCUCCCUGUCCACGACGGGCUAGUUGCGAUCACUCAACACCAGACUGUUCGGAACCACGUUGGCUUUGUAAUAAAAUAUCACGAUUUGCACCUUAGGUCAAAUUUUGCGUGGUAUAUGUGGGUAAAAAGACCUUGUUCCCCCUAAGUCUUAAAGCACCAUUACCACUAUGCUGUUAAUUUUUCUGAUCGUGCCGAGCAUUAAAAGGCUUCCUCUGAUCUCAAUGAUUUGAUGUUAAUUAUGAGAUCAAUUAUUUGUGAGGUAUGUCUGAAUUAUUAAGACUUGUAGCAGCAACUCUGUUGGGGCACAGGUCCAAUGAAUUUCUAGACGCUGUGAAUCAUGGGUCAUUUUGUUUCUAGUGGAUACCUAAAAUCAUUUUAGCAUCCACCUGUCUUUGAGGUGUUUUUUUUUUUUUUUAAACUAAGCAGCACUUGGUACAUCCCUUCCUCUCUUGAGCAAGUGUCCUCCUUUUCAGAACAAGCAGACAGUUGGCACCCUUGGCUAGUGACGGGGGACACAUGUCGCUUUGCAUUUUAUGAUGGGCCUUCGAUUUGCCCGAGGAGGGGUGCCUCUUAUGAAAAAUUCUCCUGAGAGUGAUGUAACCAGACAAGCAUUACUUAAGAUCCACUCUUAUUCUGCUGCAUCAACUUUUUUUUGUUAAAUCUUUAUUUAUCAUCUCCCACUACGUUCACACCUUUUGGUUUCAUCAGGGUUUGUUCUACUUUUUUUGCUGUAGUUUAGUGUUCAAUAUCACCCUUCUUCAAAGGAACUGUAAUCCCGACUCCUUUUGCACGUGCGCUAAGGUACAAGUUGUGCUGCUCAAUCUUUACAUUGAGUUGGGUUCAUACAGGGCCACAUUCAAGUAUUUGUACAUGUAAUCAUAAGUCAUGCUUGGUUGUUAUUUUUUAGGGCCCGACCGAUAUGGAUUUUUUGGGGACGAUGCCAAUACGGAUUAUUAGUGGGGAAAUUUUUUUUAUAAAAAAUAUGUAUAUAUUGUAGAUAUCUACAGUAUACUUUAAACUACAGUAUACUAUAUACUGUAGGCUACUGCUCUUCAUGUUGACAGCAAGACUGACAGAUUAAACUCAGACAAGAAAAGCAUUUUCAACAGUGUUGUUUUGUUGACGAUGACGAAUAUAUUUCGUCAUCGUCAACAAAAACAACACUGCAGAAUAUAUGUUGAGUGUUUGACUGAAACGCUCAUGAAUUUUUCUACUCUGUUCGUCGUCCACCAGUAACGUUUUCGUCUAGUCUCGUCAACGUCUUUGUCGUGGAGAAAAAGGGGCGUUGACUAAACAUUUUAUUGGGUGAUAUUCUGUGCCUCCGCGUCUUAACUCACAUCUGGAGACAUGCAGCUGCCUCGGUAAGAGAAGUAGCUCGAUCACGUAAUCUGUACUGUUGUUUUGUUUAUUCUACCGUUACUGACACGGCUAACAGUAUAGCAAGGCUAAUAGCAGGUGGCUAACGCUAACCUUGACUUGCAUAUUACAUGGUGCUUCACCGUUAACUCGGUGUGACCGAGACCAGCACAGCGGGGAACAUCGUGAAGUGGGUUGAACUGAAACUUGUUGACUUAUUGUGUAUUUCACAAUAAGGCGGACCACUCUCCUCCGUGCGUCCCUGAGCUGCCUGCUUCAGAUUCGUCACUCUGCUGUGCUGUGAGGUAGUUAGUGGAUGAAGAUUGUCAUGAGGUCGAUGGGCCAUCUACAGGAUAAGUCGGGGAACUUUUCAAAUUGCGGAACAUUUUCAAAGUGAAACCAAAUCUUAUUCUUCGCAUAUUAUUUCUGAACAUAUCGGCGAAAAUCUGCAAUUUUUGGCCGAUUAGUCUUAAACAUGCAAAAAUUGGCAAAUUUAAUUGGCUCGCCGAUAAAUCGGUCGGGCCUUACAAUGUAUAAAUGUUGGUUAGAUCACAUCUGGUCAAUACAAAAACAGGCUAAUCCAACAUUCCCCACUUCAGGUUUUGCUUCUUACCUAUUGUAAUGAUAAGCUGAUACAACCAGCACUGAUACCUUAAACUUCUGAUAGCUCCCUGCAGUAUGUUAUGACUCUUCUCUUAUUGUUUUCAUCCAUCUAAAUCUCUCAUGGUGUCGUAAUAACAGUAUCAGUGUUGCUCACUGUAAGGCACACUUAAACUUAGCACACACAGCGUCUGGCUGAGCGUGAGCCCUGUCAUUUUGAGAAGUUAAAAGGAAGUGCCGUUCAACCUAAGAACUCUACAAAGUCAUACAGCUAGAUAGUGUGGAUGUGCAUGAGAGAUGAAGGAUCCGUAUGUAUGCAUUUUAAAGAUAAUGAUUAUCUCAUAGUGGACGUCAUCGGUGGGAUUCUGAGGCUCAGGCAGCUGAAAGCACUUGUCUAUCAAAUGAGAUGGUGAGGAAGGAUGCUGUGAGGGAGAGUCAGUCGAGUUUAUUCAAAGAAGUUCACUCUGAAAUAGUCCGCUUGCAUCACAGAGCGAAAAUACUAUGUUAUUUUACAUUUCUUAUUCACUCAGUUUCCUAAAGGCUUGAAAGUGAUUGGAUGCUUGACAGACUGACAUUGAUGUUGUUAAAGUCAUAGCCUAGUAUCUUAAAUUGACCUUGUAGGACUUUGUAGUCAGACCCUAUAUUGACCUCCCCUAUUUGAGUAAGGACAAAAUACCCUCAAAGAUUUGAAUGAUAAAAAUAAUAGAUGAAACACAUAAAAGAUCCCUGACAUAGGACAUUUAUUAAUGCAAUAGAUGAUGUCCUGCACAAUAAAACCAGCUUAAAAUAUCAGUACAGGCAAUCAGUUUGACAAAGUUAAAGAGAUUUGAAAUGAAUUAAAGGAUCUGGACCCCUGAGGACACAAGCUAGUAAAGGUCACACUUCCUUCCUCUGUAUGAUUGAGACCUGGAAAAGUACAGACCACAGAAACAAACAUCAACUCAAACAGGAGAAAGGAAAUGAGAAAGAGACACGGACAAUACACGCACAAGGGGAGAGUGGGAAAGAGACAUGAAAAAAGAGACUGGAUCUCCUGAAAGACAAGCAUCCACAUCCAGUCGUCUAGCGUUUGGCACCACCAUCCAGGGGUAGAAGUGAGGCCAAGGGUCCAACAUGGAGAAACCUCAGGGGGAAAGAGAAGACUGGAGGAAACAGGAAGAAAAAAGAGGUAGAUCCUCAUGCACUUGCAGUAGUGGAGUGUAAAACCAUUUCUCAUAUAAGUGAUAGCUGUCUCCUGAGAUCAGAAAGGUCCUUCAUGCCACGAGAGCUGUUUCUCAAAUCAAAGAUCUGAAAGAACGUAUAUGAACUAUAAAAUGUAUAUUAUAGGGCUCUUUCUUGCAUAUCAACCUAUGACGCUGCCUCAGCCAGAUUUCCGCACCGCCUCAGGCUCUUGUCAGCCCGAAGGUGUUUUUGUCACCAUUUCUGAGAACACAUUCGGUGAAUUUGUCAUUUUUAACUGCAUUACAACAAUGUGGCGUCAGCGCUGUAUCCAAAUCAGUCCAGUGCAGUCGAAAAGUUGCUGCCAAAAACCGCUCUUCUGUCCUGUUGUGUCUGUAUAAAACCAGGGAUGAGCGGGUAUGUGAACCAAGGAGGUAAUCGUCUGAAACAUUCAUAGUGAGCAGGCAAGUUGGUGGUCGGUUUUGUACACGUUGAGCAGAUUUUCACUACUCCCUACUCUCAACUCCAUGCCUCGUUUGUCUAAUAAUGUGUCUGCUAUUACAUUGGUUACAAAUAAUGUCAUGAUAUCAACCCAGAAACAGUCACCGUACAAAGACUCCUUCUGCUCCCUCUGCUGUACUCGGGCGCCUUCUUUCACCUUAACCAAACUGUGCGUUUAGAGUCGUCUGAGAGAGGGAUGUUUCAAAGACAAGUGUGGAAAAUUUGACGCUCUGAAUGCCCUGAAAUUGUCUUGAAACUUGAAAGAGAUCACAUGUGAGCUUCAGACUGUCUGAGUUUAGGACUUCCUGUUGUCAUCAGGGACGUUCUACCAGAGAAAGACUUAUUUUUAACUCCAAAUGAAGACCAGCGCUCUGUGUUCCUGAGAACAUGGGCUGGUAUUUGAGGUUUGAGGAGAUCAUUCAGGUACGGCAGGGUGUGUCGUUCAUUCAGUUAGUCAUCAGAGAUGUGAUUUAAGACAGCGGGGGCCUCAGCUUAAUAGAUAUACACGGUAACUGCAGGAUCUGCUCCGUGUUUUUGUUCUUGUUUUGGGAGCAGUCUGCUGCUCACUCAGUUUCCUUGUUUAUUGCAUCAGAUGCCAGAGGACAGGAGUAGUCAUAUUGUCCACAGAGUCCCACCCAAAGGCCCCAGGCAAGUCUAGGAGCUGGAAGAGAGGAAUCCUCCGAUGUUUAACUGGCUGAUUCUCGUUUACCCUGUUGGACUUCAUAUUGACUCAAGCGCGUGUGUUUACAGUGCGACCAACCUGACAAUUAGAGGAAAAAGUGCACAUAAAAGAAAAAAAAUGACAUGUUGGUCAUUUUGUUUAAUGACGCCAACCUCAAGAUUAAGCAGCAGUUCGGGAGAACUACAAAGACUAGGGGUUAAGCCUCACUUAGUGUGAUACCCAUAUGCAGUACUAUUCCCACUUAGAGGUAGUUUUGGUGUUAGUACUUCUGUACUACUGCUGUUGGUGUUAACCUGUGUAAUACUGCCUCCAGGGUCAGACUGGACAUGCAUCAUUUAAGAAGACUUGUAGUUCUUCUUCAGUAAAUGGUCACCUGCUGACUAGAUGUUUUAUGUGGCCUGCUAUGGAUCUACCUUUCUGUGAAUAUUUAGACCUAGUAUUUGUUGUUGUAAAGGCUCGCCUGGAUGAGUUUGAAGGCGUUAUUUUCAAGAGCGUAAGAAGAAAUGACAAAUUCGCUCCGGUUCAGAGAAGAUUGGAAAAAAGCAAUGAGUCAUUUAAAAAAGGCAAAUGAAUUUACGGAAUAAUACGCACCUUUUAUGUCUUUUGUGGAAUCAGAAAAGGGCAACUCAUCCUGUGCAACCAAAGUGCAGAGAGAGGUGUUUUAUUUUGUUGCAGUAUUUUAUCCAGAGGACGGGGCAAACAGCUUCAAUCAAGAAAAGUUACUGUUUACAAAGCGAGGCAGACCAGUCUUUUAUACUGCUUUUCUCUUUCAUUGGUCAUAGUCAAGGAUUUUAAAAGAAGUACAUAAAAAGUGAAUAAACUUAUUGCAGUUGGAUUAGAAAGGAGGUACAAGUCUGAAUCAGUGGUGUGCAGGUGGUUCGUACCUUGCAACUAUCAAUGCGUUUGGCUGUGCACAACUACUGUAUUAUUGACUGACAGGGUUGGGAUAAUAGAUGGUGCUAGAAGAAGCUACACCUCUACAUUCCAGGUUCCACAGGAACCACACACUCCAAAGCUGAUUCUGGCUCAUUCAAGAAAACACUCAUGUUUCCAGAGCGAGCGCCGCAGUGCAUCUCAGCUCAGUUCCAUAAAUGUCUAGCCACUCCACUCCACUAAAGAUACACGCAGGGUCUAUUUUCAAUAGACCAACACGUGUUUAGUUGAACAGAAGAAGCUCCAACAUGACUCUAACUGUUAACUUUGUCUGUGUGUAGUAGCACAAGUAGAACAUAUUUAUGAACUUUAAAUCUUUUUAUCCUUGAGGAGAAAACAAAAACAACAAAAAAAAAAAACAUAAUUUCUUGGCGUACUCAGCAAAAGUAGAAGCACACAGGGAGACACUGCAACCUGUCAAUGUUGUUCUCUCUUUAUAUGGUGUUAUCAUAAAAUCUUGAUAAUCCUACAAAAUCUUGUGGAGUUGUACGGUGGGCUUUCGUGAUCUCGUGAGUCCAGCUGCUGUGGUCUGCACUUUGUUGUACUACGCUUCAAAUGUGGUGUUGAUGAGACACGGCACGCAUGCUUCCUGUGGGACCUAAGGGUCGGUCUUCAUGCAGGAACAGUUCACACUUUUUUUUCCUUCAAGGAACCCCCACAAACACACACAGCAGGGCUUCCUCCAGGAUUUUUGGAAACUGUGGGGGAGGGCUCUGCCUGCGAGCCGCAGUCGAGCUGGACAGGAAGUUGAGACUCAAGUGUUGUUGUUUUUUUUUCAGAAUUAAGUUAUUCGCAGAGCAGCGUCACCUUUCAUGAGUACAAUUCCACUUUAUGUUUGUAUAGAUCCAUUCAUACAAUAUAACUUACAUUUAAAACGUUUGGAAAAAAAAGAUUAUUAUUCAAAAGACAUGACGGCUUUUAUUUUGGCGUGUAGUGGAAAUACCUGAGCAGUCUUUUUUCACACAAGUGCAUCCUGUAUUUGAGAUUUUUUUCAGUAAAUAAAUGGAUGAGGUCCGUGUAGAAACUGCCUGAAAUAUGACAAAACUCAACAAGCUAUCUGGAUGUAUUGUAUUGGUUCAACACAACAUUGAAGCACAAUGUUGGUUUUCCAAGAGCUUGAUGCUUCCUUGCGUCACUUUUACAACCGUAUAGUAGUGUCAGGAGUUAUGCUCAAUUGUUGCAUUGAUUUCUGCACCCAUACUCAUCCUUGUAUUUUUAGAGCUGUUACUAGUACUCAGCACAACAUGGAGGAGAAAAAAAACAACAACUCCAUGUUAGGGUGGAUAAUGUCUAUGCAAAUCAUGCCCCUGUGAAGCUCCACUUCACAUGUCAGUGCACAAGUGACAGUCCUCAUGAGCAAUAACACCUGAGGGGGGGCUUUGAUCUAGAAAACUUUCAGCACAUUCACAGGUUACGGCUCUGCAAAUAACAAUUGUUUUCUCAGUGGGGCCAUUGCUGACACAGCAACUCUUGAACUCCGAGUGCAACAAACAGGCCGACCAGCACCUUGGAUGCAGCAUCGGUGCUCGUGUCCAACAUGGGGGACAGACUGGCCUGCCUUACUCCCUGGCUCAUGGCUGUUUCACUCACAUCAUGUGUGGGUGUAUUUCACCUGUGUAGUUUUAGACAUGGCAUUAACUCAAUAAAAAAGGACAUUUUCAAGGUUUCACCAGUUUUCACCAGUGUUAGCAUCUGUUUUACUCAAAGAAGUUUACCAUAUUAGAAAUUGAACUCCACAGCAGUAGACUGGGAGGUCGCUGAGGAUAGGAUGAGAAAUGGGGUUGAAUUUUGAGUGUCCUCUGUGGGAUGAGCAUUAAUGCUUCUGACAUGGUAGUCUUUGUGCCACAGUGCUGUGAGGUGCUCCACACACUGCAUUGAUUGUCUUGUACUACGUCACUCUACAUAGGAAAAAAAUGACCUGAUUAUCAUUCCUGAAGCUCACUGUCAUCCCCACUGUCCCAUAUCUGUUGCAUGAGUCCAUUACCAGCAUGAUGUUUUGAAGCUUUAGCAGGAAAAAAUCUGAUCAUAGUUUUAAUAUCCAUGACUCCAGAGUUGAAGUUUAGUUUCAUAUGGGUGGCAUGAAGGGUGUUAGGAAGUAAUAAACUAUGAAUAAGAACUACAGAGACCAGGACUGUACUCUGGUUUGACGAUACAGCAGUAAAAAAAAGGGGUUUGGACUUUAAACUUGGAAAAGUUCCUAUAAAGAAAAUUUGUAGUUUCUUCUUUGGUAGUGACUUUAAUACAGUGGAUCCCGUUGUAAAUGACACAACUUCCAUUAACGUCUUCCACAACUCAUCUAAUUCUUAAACAUUCGCUUAUCUGUAACUAUAGUGAGGAGGACAGUAUUGAUAUACAGCAUCUUUAUGUGUCCACAUUAUGAUCUAAUAACGUGUAAGUGUUUAAAAAUAUAAGUUAUAAUGAUUCAAAAAUGAGAAACAACAAAUGGUUCACUACUUAACAAUUUGAAUAAAGUUCUAGCACUGAUGCAGAACCAAUCACCUUUGCCGUUUCUGUGCUGAAACUUUUCUGGAUCAGGUGAGGAAACCGUCUUAAAUGAAUAAAAAACACAUAAAGUCAGAGCCAGAGUAGAGCAUACCUUAUAUUAUGCACAAUAGUUCUACGUUAAAAUUUUGUGAAGAGAGAGACAUUGUAAGGCUGAAUUUGUUGAAGAAGUUUGUCUGGAAGUCGCAACCAACUACAUUUAUCUUCAUUGACUUUUUUGUUUUUGGGGGUGAAGUACAGUAAACAAAUGACAUUAGCACUAAGCAUUUGGUAAGGUCUAGUUCAGUGUCAGUUUUACCUAUAGGCUCCAGAAUAAUUUUAAAUUUCACCAGUUUAUACAUAACCACUUUACAACACAGCUGUCAUGACAGUCUUCUUUUAUUUGCACCAAAUUAUACACUUGAACAUUAACAAGACUUCAAGUAGCAUAUUGCAUGUGAUGAACAAUUCAAUAAACGAACAGUGGCCUUUUUACAGGGCAUAACAACUCUUUGAUUUUGUAAAACAAGAAUACAGUCCAACUUAUACAGAUUGGUAGAGGUUCAAUGUCCAGUGAUAUCAGAUGCGGCUGAUAAAAACUUACCUUCCCAUAAAUUCUAUUGUGAUCCUUGAUCUUUAGAGUUCAAAUGUCGUUUGUGAUUUUUUUUUUCUUUACUCCACCAGGUGUAGGAUAACAUUUCUUCAAACUGUCACCAAAAAGGAAUAAUGACACAGAAAAAGUGACAUUUGCCAUCAAAUUGUAACCACAAAUAACUCUAUACCAGGCAGAUAAAGAGCAAAGAGGAUGCUCAACAUUGUCACCUGGUCCCUGUAAGUUGUCCAGUCAUCCAAGAUUGUGAAAGCUUCACAGUAGGGCUGGGCGAUAAACCGAAAAUUUACUGAUUCCGAAAUUUAUGACAAUAACCAACGUCAUUUUGCCCAAAUCAAUAUAGUGUCAAAAAAAUAAAAGAUGGUUUUGGAUGUAUGUGUAGUGUGUAGGUAGGCUAUGGUCUCAUGUCACUUUAAGAUGCUGUCCUACGUCAGAGAUGCGACUCCCCCCAUCCAGUCUGUAACAAAGAGGGAAAGACAGGUGAGGAGAUGGGAGACGGUUCAAAAGUUGUAGCAGCUGAAGUAGAUGAAUUCAAUGUGGGAGGUGGUGAGCAGCUUCUGGAGUAGUUAUCGACCAGUUAUCGUUAUCGAGGUGAACUGCUCAAUAUAUUGUGAUAUUGAUUUGAGACCAUAUCGCCCAGCCCUACUUCACAGCACUACACAAUAACUCAGAGAGCACACUGUUGUUAUACCUCAUCUGCAUUUUGAAUAGCAGGUCACAGCAGAAAAAUAACUUUUGUUGACAGUGGGUCAGAUGUUUGUUUAUUCCUCCAGUGACUUUUUCUGAACCAGCCCUGAGAUCAAUUUGAAACAGAUGAUAAAUAAUCAUUUGGGCUGGCCAGGAGUUCAUCAUCUAUUGUUGCUGUGAUGAAGAUAUUAAAUAGACAUUGAAGCUUGUUUAUUUUUACUAAUACUGUACGGAAGUUCAAAAUUCUGGUAUUGGGGGAACCCUACAUCACACAGACUGGUAACAACAGUGGAAAUCAUCUUUGGACACUUAUUCUUCUCAACAGGUAGCCUGUAAAAAAUCAACACCUCAUGGAUGUUUCGUUCUUGUCCCCGAAUACUUUCCAAAAGUCACCUAAACAAGUUGAGCAGGUUACAGCUAGUCUUAAACUUAUAAUGAGAGAUUCCUCAGGACAUUAACCGUGGUGAUUGGUUAUGUCAUGCUGUCAAGAUAGGAGACAUGGUGUACAGAACUGCUGGCAUGGAAUCAUAAGGUCAGGUCUGGAAUCUGGUUUUCACCCCCAACUCGAGUCUUUUCUGACAUUUUAAGGACUCGUCCAAAAAUAUUGAUGUCAGCUUUCUCUCAAAGACACGAGACCACUGACCUACUUCAACUCUGUUUCACACUCCUGCUAUGUGCUCUGACGAUGUUCUCAGCGCCUCUUGUCUGGUUUGCCGCGUUUCUUUUACACUCCAUAAGUCUCCUUUUCUUUCUCGCACUCUGGUCACUUCCUGCUGCCAUCCAUUUCUGCGAAAUGUAAUCUGAUAGCCCAGUCUGCGUGUGUCCUGGCCCUCCGUUCUGCAUGUGAGGGUACGGGCUUCUGGUUUUACGGGAUUAUGGAAGAACCAUUUGGAAGCAAUUUGGCUGAAAUUGGAGAUUAUUCUUGUGUGGGUUUUUUAAAAACAUUUAGCUUUCCCUUUUCAUUACGGAUUUUAAACCCUUGUGGUUGAAAAUGUACACAGUGAUUUGACCCUUUAUGAAACUUCUACUUGAGAUAUGAAGACGCGUCAUCACUUGUAGAUGUAACUUUUGAUUUUAAUGGUGUAAAUGAAUGAAAAGAUGGUCUUCACAAACUUGACGGUACUCGGAAGAUGUGUUGGCUGUGAUCAGACUGUGCUUUCUACACUUGAAGAGUACAUCAUCUUGCAUCUGUGUAAGUGUGAUCCAGCCGCGGUCUGACUUGUUUUAAUGGCUAUACAUGUUUUCGCAUUCUGAUGUGUUAAUGGACAAAAGUCUGACUUGCACUUUUCGACUCACUGCUGUUGUCGUUGUCACGUUGCCGAGGGAGAAUCCAGGUGGAGACAUGCGCACACAUACGUACACUCUGUGGCUCCGGCUCUCACUCACUCGCUUGCUCACACACACACACACACAUAUGAACACACACACUCACGCAGAGGCAGUCUGGCAGAUUCAGGGUUAAAGGCUUCCAUUUUGUUAGGUAACACCCUAAUGGUCUGAUCUGUCAGUGGCGUUAAAAUGGCAGGGGCUUAACCCUUGGCGUUCGGGACACAACCAGCAGGGGCACACACACACACACACAAACACACACUGGGCUGGCCGAGCCUACAGCAGAACAACUGAGGAGAAGGAGGAAGAGGGAGGGGGGGGUGUUGAGGCAGGGAGGGGUUGAGGGACGGAGGAAGAGUGAGCAAGAGAGAGAGAGAAGACAAGGAAGAGUAUUUUUCACUUGGGUACAGUUAGAUUAUGGCUCAGCUAACCACAUGCGCUCUGCACCCUUCUCCCUCCCCCCCAACCAUGGCACCUCCUCAGCUGGGUCCCUGCCCCCACUCUUAGCCUGGUGAGCACAAAUUAGUAUAGGUAGUCUAAUCUUUUCAGAAGAGGAACCCUACUCUUUGAUAGCCUGUAAUAGUUUUAUAAUUGAAGGACAUAAUUUUGUAUGGAGGAAGUGACAGAAGGAGAAACCCUUCAUGGUCGUCAGAGGUCACUUAUCACUCCAUAUUUGAGAGAAUCAUUGCCUGGUAAUAAAUCUGGUGUCUUAAAGUAAUAACUUAAUAAAACAGGAGCCACAGGAGAGAAGCAGUUGUCUUUUAUCGGGCAAUGAUGAUUCUUUCUUGUAUUGCUUGUAUUGGUCAGUAUAAUUGUUGUUUCCACUUCCUGUGAACCCUAAGGACACAGCCGAAUAGUCUCCGUUUUUUUUAAAAUGGCUGUUAAUGUGUUUGCUGGCUGAGUCCGGUCCCAGUGGGGAGAUCAUUACAGAGCUGGAGAUGAGAGGCUAGCACGCUACCUGAGGGUAUGAGCCUUUGCCAUUGAUCUGCUCUCAAUGAACUGCUGCUGGACACAAAAGGAGACGGACCGAGAAUCAGACCUGUAGUGUCAGUCCAGGUCACAAGAUUUCCAUUUUCUUUCAAGUGCAUUGUCUUGUCCACACUCGCACAAAGAAAGACAUGAGAGACUGUGUCUGUGCUGUUUACUUUAUGGGCAUGGAUACUGACGUUGGCUAAUACAGCCUACACAGAGAAAUGCGCCUUUCAUGUGCACCUUUUUAGGUACACAUUUGUUUAUUAGGGUGCGUAGUCAAAAUGUCCUAUCUCAUAUGCGUCUGAAUCCCUCAUCCCCUGUUUUUCUUUCCCCGUCUAAGAUCCGCUCUGCCCUCAGGCCUUAUUAAGGAGAGGGACACGCAUCCACUCCUCCUCCUCCUCCUCCAUAGUCUCCUGAGAGUAGCAGACACAGAUCACCAAUCACUGACAGCCUUCCUCCCUUUCUUAGCUUCAUGUCAUUUUCCAGCUCCUUCGAGGUAACCUUAAUUCUGUUUCAGAAUGCUUGUCGUCUUCCUGUGGUUUGAUCAUUUCAUCCGCAUUCAUUUUAGACAACAUAACAUAGCAAUAGUGUCUACAAAAUUGCUCGGUAUUAGGCAUUAAUAGAAAGUGGAUUGGCUAAUCUUUUCAGAGUGACAAAUGCAGAAGAAAAUAAACGUUUUGAAAGUCAUCAAUAGAACUCAUGGUCCAAGGUUAAGCUGUAAAAUAACCUAAAAACUGUCAAGCACUAGCUGGUUGAAGGUGUCAUGAUCAGAUGCAGAAAACAUCAAGUGAUAUAUAAUAUAUUUUUUAAACAAAGUUCCUUGUUCCAAAUGGCUUCAGACGUUUUUCACUCAAUUUCUGAUCUUUGCCAUCAAGGGGCAAACCAAGUGGGUGGUAUCAUUUGAUGUUUGCAGGUAUUUCAUUCUCACAAGUAUUCAUGGUAGCUAUAAAGCUGCUGGUUUAGAAUAAAUGCACAUAUUACAAGGGCCCACUAACAAUCAGUUCUCAGUUGUGGUUUAUCACAGAGUUGCAGGGAUGAACCCAGAUUAAUUGCAAUUGUAUUUGCAUGUUUAGAUUUCCAUUAUGUUAUAUUUUAAAAAAAAGUGUCUAAGUCCGUAUUUACAAUAUAAAUUGUUUUUUUUCCCCUAAUGUUUUGAUCUGGGAAUCAAACAAAUACAAAAAAUGUGCUUACCUCAGUUUUAGAUUAAAAUAAGUGAUGCACUGCUGCACUAAUGUGGUCUGAAACCACAAUCUACAGAUAGGAAACAGCUUUAAAGGUCUUACUCAACAAAAAAUGCAGUAUUUUAUUGUUUUUUUAUGUGAGGAAGGAUGAUGCAUUUUAAGUAUAAGAAAUUGCAGAAGUGUAUACAAAAAGUCUCUUACAUUUUAAUGUAAUGUGAAGUUGUUGUGAGGUAAUUUGAUUCUUACAUCACGUCCAGUGAUCUUCACUGAACAGUUUUUACAUGUUUUAAGUGUGCUGUUCUGUUGCUCUCAUUGAUAUAUAGAUCCUGUAUGUGUGAAACGUGUGUCCCCUGCUAGGGUGAAACAUCUGAACAGUCACAAUAUGCCAAGCUUGAGACAUCACUUACAUCUUGGUGACAGGCCUAUGGGGAGUUUUACACUAGUCCUCCCCAGACUUCAGGGGUAGCCUGCUGACAUGAUUAGUAACACCUGUACAUUUGGCUCAUGGGCGGUUUCUGAAACUUCAAAUAGUUAAGUGACAUUUUAAUUUGGUUUGACACAAAAUGCAUAGUACUAUUGACAUGCAACCUGUGAGGCCUUGAGAGUUUAAUUUAACUUUUGCCAUUAAAAAGCUCGACACUGUCAAUCUUUGCAAAUAAGGUUAAGUACUGACUGUGUUAUUUUGAUUGAACAGUUUACAGUAGAAAACGUUUUUUUUUUUAUUUUCCCUCUGAGGAAUUGAAAGAACCUCAUCGUCUCAAGCGCUGCAUGCACAGAUACGGCUGUAAACCUGCUCAGAUUAAUUUUUAAUAACAUUUUCAAUGAUGAUAAAAACGUUUGUAUAAAAAACAGAAUGAUGCAAGGUCCCAAAAUCAGCACCAGUUGAGGUAUGUUAAUUUCAGUGGGCUGUUAGAUUUACGACAGGUCAAAAUAUGUAGAAAAAUAAUCAAACAAUGUGCCGUCUCCUCUCCCAUGAUCCUCUACUUUCUGCUCAUGACAAAGGGUCUAUUUUGUUUAGAUCUUCUGUGAACCCACAAGAGGCUUAACAUGUAUAUUUUUUUCUCAUGGGACAAUGUGAGCAAGUUCACUUUCUGCUAGUUCAGCCCCUCCUGCUCUUCACUGUAAAGGCCACACAAACAUGAGUGAACACAGGUAACUGCUGUUUGAGUCCACAGAGCAAAACUGAUCACAGGAGGAAAAAAAAACUAUUGAAACUGAGUGUGAAUUGGUGGGAAAGUCACAGUAUUGAAUUCAGCAUUAAGGCAGCCUGUGUGAUUGUCGUUGCUGCAGUAGGUAGUGAGCUCCAGUUUCUGAUUCACAUGGAGACUUAAGAUAAAGAUGUUUAGUUUCUAGACGUCAUAUCAAAUUGGUAGUAUUAAAUAAACUAUAUAGCUACUGCCUUGUGCAACGAUCAUAUGGCAUACAUAGGAAGUGACUGUUGACCUAUUAUGCUAAAAUUACAGACUGUUCCGCGUUUGGUUGAUGUUUUUGCCGUUUUGAACUAUGUGUUCCUGGAAAGUUACCGAUCGGUGCCAGAAACUUUAGGUAGUGGCCGGAGUUCUGCAUCGUUGUCCCAUUUCUAAUCUUUUUAUACAGUAAGCUGUAAGAAAUCAAGAACAUUUGUUCACACCGAGUUACUUGAGCUCGCAUCGUGCCUCAAAUUUUGCUUAGCGACAGCUGAUGCAAAUGGUUCUGGUGAGGUGAUUGGUUUUAAAUGCCAGUCCUCCUGCCCCAUGACAAAAUUCAGAUCAGAUCAAGACAUUGUGAACUAUUAAUGGAGCAGGGUGUGGCUACUUGGGCCUAAGCCUUAAAUAUUUUCUCCAAAGCCUUUAAACUUGCAGGUCACCAAAAUGGUGUAACUCUGUGUCAUCACUAUGAACCUUUUGUUUUAGGUUACUGACAGUGCAUGUAGCAGAGACAGACUCAGGUGGUCAGGAGUGAUGUUUGCUAGUGUCUUUUACUAAGGAGGACAGGAGGCGUAACAUGUCGCAUGUGAGCAGCACACACAUUAAGCUGCACCAAGUGUCUAUUUCAGGGCACUAAGUGUGUUUAUUUCGUGUACCGUUGGCUGUCGUAACCUGUAUUGCUCUGCUAGUGUUGCUGCUCCAGUCAACCAGUGUAACGAUCAGCCAGGUAACUAGAGAAAUGAUCAUCAGAGACAUUAAAGGUCGUGAAUUUAUGGGAUAUUCGCCUGCUUCUGAUAGAUAAAGAGAAAAAGAAAUAAAUGAAGAUGAAGGGGCCAUGAGAGUUUAUACUACAACUAAUUUUUGUAGCCAACCUGACAUGUCAAAUUGGACUUUUGCCUUUGUAAGAGCUCAUAUUAGUAGAAGACAAUCAGAACUAUCAUGAAAAUAAGUCUAUAUCUGUAACCACACACAUACUCUGCUUUUCAUUUUAAUAAUUCAGGUUUUACACAGAUUUCUUACACUGUCUGUGUUAUGUAACCUAAGAGUAGGAUCAGAAUAGUACCAUCAUACAGCCUCAGUCUUAUUAGUAGGAAAACUGUUCAUUUUCAUCAUGUUGUGUUUUGGUUUUAAAAUGCUUGGACCAGUUGUGAGCAAUCGGUUAAACCCUAAAUUAAAAUGAUGUUUGAUGUUUUUUUGUUUUUUUUCCCCAUGUUCUAUAUACAUUUAUGUCUGUAAUAGUUUUAAAAAAGUGCAUCUACCCGCACAAGCAACUUCAUGUUUGAGCAGGUGACUUCUGCACUGGGGGUGGGAGAAAAAUCGAUACAGCAUAGCAUCGUGAUAUUUUGUCUAGUGAUAUAUCGUAUCAUCUCUUUUACCAAAUAUCGAUUUUUCCAAUUAAUUGUUCAUAUGAAGCCAAAUCUAUGAUAAUGGAAAAAUAAAACCAACUGUGGGCAUAGAGCAGGAGAAAGUAAGUUUACAAGAUGUGCUACAUGAAAAUAAAAUACAGCAGAAAAGAAAGACAAAUGCUAAAUCAGCUAAACACUUGAAAAAAUUGUAUAUAUUGCAAUAUAUUGCAUUGCAGUACACCUUGUAUUGCAAAUUGUUAAAAAUCACAAUUAGAUCAUAUCGUGGCCUAAGUAUCGUGAUAAUAUUGAAUCGUGGCCCAAGUAUCGUGAUAAUGUCGUAUCGUGGCCCAAGUAUCGUGAUAGUAUUGUAUAGUGGCCCAAGUAUCGUGAUAAUAUCGUAUCGUAGCCCAAGUACCAUGAUGAUAUUGUAUCGCGGCCCAAGUAUUGUGAUAAUAUUGUAUCAUGGGGUCACUAGUGAUUCCCACCCUAACCCUAAUCUGUACAUAUCCUGCUGUCAGCAGAUGCUUUCCCCCCAGUAAGCAGUUAAAGGCAAAGUUUUAAAAAAUCAGGGGAUGAAACUGUUACUAAACUUUGAGCAGUAGUGUUGUCACCCUAGCCAGUUCAGGGCAACUACAAACUCCCGUACAUCAUCAUAUGACAUUGUCACAUGCUUUUAGAUACCACACAACUCUGCUUUUGAUACUAUGGAGAAUGGAUGCUGGAGGGCAGUUCUGAUCAAGCAUAUCACGCAGUAAUAGGCAAGAUGCAGCCUUAAUCCAUGGCAGAAAGGGUUCAGGGUACCCGCUUCAGCCAUGUUUCUCCCUCUGGACAUUCUGAUGGACAACUCAGACUUAGUUUAGGGGUAGUGUCAGUCUCAUUAGGUUUUACGCACUAGAUGGAUGGACCUGAGGGAGCAUGAAAGCUGCCAAGAAGACCACCAGCGCUGAUUGAUUCGCAAUCCUUUUACAGGCCUUUUUCCAACCCAACUGGUUGACGUAGGCUCAAGUAAAGAGUGUUGUGUAAAAACAUGAUUCUGUGUGCUGUGUACAGCCCUGCUGUUCUUCUAUCUAACCUGUAUUCUGCAGUGUGGAGGUUUUAUUUAUUGAUCAAUGAUGGGCAUUUUGAGCAGAUCAUUUACCUUAGCUGCCACCGAGCAUGAGGAACAGACAUUUGCAUUGUCAAAUUUUUAGCAAUAACAACUGCUUUUCUGAAGCCAAUGUUAUUGUUUUAUACAGAACAGCCUGUCAGUUUAGCAGCAAUCCUGUAACAACCCUUAAAGUGAUAUUCUGACGUAAAAUUAAUUUAGGGUCAAACACAUCGUAAGUUAGACACCCCGUCGAGAGAUGAAAGUUGCCGACCACUUGCUUCUCUAGUUAUACCAACUUUAGUAACAACCGCACCAUAGCAAUACACAACAGUCUCAGGAGCCACUCGCACACCCACACCAACAAGCCACUCUGUAGCCACACAUAAUGCUCAGAAUAGCACCUAACUUCAUCAACAGUACAUAUAGGGUCCAAGCUAUAGUACCAGCCACCAAACAUCUUUUUAACUUAGCCUUACUUCUUUAGCAAAGAGACCAAACGCAACUCACCUACUGUUGUCCAGCGGCCGCUUGUUUGUACAGAGACUUCAGACGAGUCCAUCACCAACUGCAGCAGGGGGACGGAGAUUGAGGAGGAACAUUUAUGAUCAUUAUUUCAUGGAAAUGCAAUCAGACCGAGACGCUAAGGCAGAAGAACUAACUCAUCUGCAGUGCAAAAUGAUGAUUAUUACUUCAUGGAAAUGAUAAAGUAAUGAUCAUAAAUGUUCUUCCUUGAGCUGCGUCAUCCGCUGUAGUCUGUAAUAGACUCGUCUGAGGUCUUUGUACUAACAAGCGGCUGCCAGAGGAGAGUAGGUGAGUUGUGUUUCGUCUCUUUGCUAAAGAAAUCAGGCAAAGUUAAAAAAAAAUGUUUGGUGGCUAGUGUUGUGGCUGGGACCCUAUAUGUACUGUUGAUGAAGUUAGGUGCUGUUCUGAGCAUUAAUUGUGGCUAUAGAGUGGCUUUUUGGUUGAGCGUGUGGAACCUGAGACCGCUGUGUAUUGCUUUUAUGCAGAUGUUACUAAAGUUGGUAUAACUAGAGAAGCAGGCGGUCGGCAACAUUCAUCUCUCGACGGGCGUCUAACUCGGUGUUACGGUGUGUUUUACGCCGGAAUAUCCCUUUAAACUAUCUUGUGGCUAAAAUAGUAGCAUUGUGGAAAUGGUGUCUAACUAGAGAACAAAAACAAUCCAACAGACCAGUGCAAUAUGUGCAGUAUGAUUAUUUCACAAGGCAGUAGUAGUAGAAUACUACCAGUUUGAUACAAAACCAAAAUUUGAUGCAAAAAUCAAACAAAAAUCUUGACAUACAACAUUAGAAAGGCUCUCUCUCUAUAAGCAGUGAUUUAAAACACGAUUUGACUGCUGUUGGUUGUAUUACAGACAUAAGGAGCUCUGACAUUUGUCCCAUGUCACUGCUGAGCCUCUCUGCACACUGGACUGACUCCUCUACUGCAGAGUUUAAAGUGAUCCACAUCAGCUGAUCUUGUUAUCUGGUUUUUGAAGGAUAUAGAAAUAACAAAUGGGAAAAACAUAAAGAAUAAAUCAGUCCAUAUUAUUUUCAUGAUAUCAGAUCUAUUGUACAUGAGUUGUUCUUUCUGGCAAUCAUCAUUUCUUAUCAUCCCAUCUUGUUGGGCGUUCACAGAUGAGAAAGUUUGAGCACCCUCUGUGCUUCAGUUAUUUCUGCCUUUUUCUCCCGACUGUGGGAGAAGUGCCCCACCACCUUCCUGCACAGCUUUAUCGCUCUUGACACUCUGUCAUCUUUGACUGCAUGUCCUGUAAUACAAAAUAAUAUGAGAACAGUGUCAUUUAUACAAUUUGACUUAUGUGAUACAAGGUUAUCAACUUUUGGAAUAAACACACACUCACAUUCUCUCCCUCCCCUCAAUUUUUACAUACUCACACAGAAACACUCACUAUCUCUCUCUGCUCACACACAUGCACAUGCCCACAUAUAUGUCACUAGACUAAUUAACAUACCGUUGCCAAGAUGUAAUUGGUGCCCAAAACACUGGAGUCUGGUCCCUUCAUUCAGCUGUGCUGCCAUCACCAUGUUCAUUGGUUGUCUGUCAUUAUUCAGACAUGUUUUUUUUCUGUUGCAAGCGCCUCUCUCAGGCCGGCUGCUAUAUUUCCCCCCAUGUGGUCAUCUGUGUGCGGGUAGUAGGAUGUUUGAAGGCAGCGAGCUAUGAGAUUCAAGUCUUCGUCAAGUUAAUAAACCAUAAGACUCAUAUGGCUCCGCUGUACGGCUUGACCGCAGAUCAGUUAUUGUUGCAAAAAAACGACACUGUUUCAGCUCAACUGCAACUCUGUCUGCGUUUUUAUAUUGCUCAGGUAUAGCAACAUAGCUGAUUUCUGUACCGCAUAUCCAUUAUGACUAUAUGCACACUAUAUGAACGAGCAUCAUAUGUUUCACUAUGAACUCAUGAAGAGUGAUGGUAGAAGAGUUGGGUCAAAGAUCCCUGUCAGCUUUGCGCACUUGAAGUUAAAGUAGGCCUGGGCGAUUUGGCAAAAAAAAUGAUCACAAUAUAUUUUGUCAUAUCAUCCGAUCUCGAUGAUUAUCACGAUUUUUUCACUGCCUGUUUUAAAGCAUCUGUACUAAAAACUAAAGCGACUAGUUUAGUUAGUUCAACAUUUUAUGAACAAACAAAAUAAAUAAAGCAAAUUCGCUCACAUACCUUCCACAUCGGCUUAAUUGCGCGACGUCACUUUGGAGAAACCCAAACGACUGCCACACAACCGACGUUGAAUAACUUCUCAACAAGAACAUCUUCGGAGAAUGACUCAAAGUCACAGCUGACAUCUAUUUUGCUGCCCUUAGCUUCGCGUUUAGCUCCACGUUCGGUCAUUUUGUUUACUUCUCCGGUAACUUACAGAAGUGAGCAGAAAAAGCUCGACUCUGAUUGGCUGUUGUGACACACAUUUCCGUUAUGUUUGAUGAGUAAAUAUGCUCACAGCUGAUCACCGCGAUCGAACUGAAAUUUAUCACGAUCAUACAAUCGCCCAGUCCUAAGUUAAAGCACUGGUCACUGGCAUUUUAGCCAUGCAGCUAUCCUACAUGGCUUUGUGGCGUUUGAUGCACCUGUCAAAUUACUGCCUUUGCGAUAAGAAAAUCUCAUUUUAGCAUAACACAGUAUUAUCACAAAUGCAAUUAAUGUUUCAGCCCUAAUAGCAGGGCUUCGAUAGGUUUCCAUAUAGGUGACCUGCUUUCUCCAGAGUCCCAGCCUUCAGUCGUUGUUCGCCUCCUCACAAGCUCAUUGUAUGUCCUUUAACCUUCUAUCACACAACAGGCUCAUGGGCUCAUAUAGAGACUGAAUACAUAAUGGGCUCCAGUGAGUGGUGCUCCUUCACUGAGGCCUGAGUGAAAUGGAGAGUGCUGCAACAAUGAGAUCUUGUACGCACAUCCCUAUUAGUCAGUCUUGAUUGCAUAGAAAAUACUCUCAGCAUAUGCGUGGACAACAACUUUACAUGGUUAUGCCCUCUUGUUGCUAAGCAGCAGUGCAUCCAGAGUAUGAAACAUUAGAUUCAUGAUGCCGUCAGUCUCCUGCGGGACCACAGACACCACGUGUCUUAAGAUGUGAAACUAGCAACCACGUCCGUAUCUAGUGAUGUGCAGAUCAUCUGAUGCUGCGGCUGCACCGUCCCAAGAGUUACAGUCAUUUUGUAGCUGACAGGGUUCACCAUCACACAGUCACAGCCAGAGCAUUGUGCAGUCACUGUUCCUACUAUCUUAACAGUUCAGUAUGCUUUCUAAAUCACCGUGCGAUGCAUACAGGCAUGCACACAUUCAUACCCACCCACCCGGAGGCUGUCAUCUCGAGAAGAUAGAUAGCCUUUGUGUCCAGGGAUGGUACAGCAGGGCACAUCUGUCCUUGUUGUGUACCAGGGCAGGGUGCUUUUUUGGUUCCUCACAAUUGAAUUGCAAACGCAGGCCCGUGGGUUUUAGAUGUUUUGUUACAUCUUUGGGUCUACAUCACACAAAGAGAGUAAGGACACCUGCAUUUUAUUUACAGUUAUAAUGGAACUUGCUAGAAUUCACUGGUAUGAAUUGUUAAAAAAAAACAAAAAAACUGCAGCCUUGAAGUAAACAGAUUUGUGGAAAAUGCUGAAUAGCAGUUUCAUUUUCCCACCUUACUUUUCGAUUCUGUCCUUGCUUUGAUUCGGUUCCUUUUUGUACUUUUGAGUCUACUCCAGAGAAAGUUGUUUUUUUAAUCAAACAACCUUGUUAAGAUUAACAAAAGGGCUGUGACAUGAAUCAAACCACUUCUUCCAUAUCAUUUCCUCCUUUGACUUUGUUUGUGGCCUCACUGUCUUUCCCUCCCUGUUGUGCCACUCUGUCUCUCCAGGGGUUAAACCUGUGCCUUUUCCCAAUUGCAAACCAGUCUGAACCGGUUUGCAGGGGAACAUUUUUUUUGUCUCUCAUGGAAUCUCGGGAUGGGGUCAUGGAGAGAGCUGCAGUGAUGUCACGCUGGAUUGGGAGGAUCUUGAGUCACUUUUUCUGUCUCAGACAAGAUGGCGGCUGUUCAUAGUUAAUUCAGCCCAAAUCAUCAAUCACAAAGAAAUCUGAAAGGUCAUUUGUUUAAGUCCACUCCCCCUCUUGUUUGUAUGCAUGGAAUCACAAUAGUUAAAGACUUAUGAUUCAGAGGAGUUUGCCCGAUCCAUAGUUCACGCUCUGCACUGCAAUACCUGCUAAAACUCUUGAAUGCUUAGUAUUGUGUUUUUUUCGGUUUGUUUGUUUGUUUGUUUUUCCCCCCACAGAAUUCUCAGUAAGGUUGUGGUCGGCAUUUUGUUGUAGGCUAGAAGUUACAUCUGAGGGUUUUUUUCUUUUUUCAGCAGAUGGAAAUUUGAAGUUAGCUGGAAUUGUAUCUAAAAAAAGCUGCGGUUGUUCAAAUUUGAGAUUGAUAAUACCAUUGUGCAUUUUUUUAAAGCAGUGGUUCUCAAGUCCAGCGCUCAAGGCCCACUGUCCUACACGUUUUGGAUGUUUUCUCUGCUCCACCACACCUGAUUCAAAUGAUCAGCUCGUUAUUAAGCCAUUACAGAGCUUGAUAACGAGCUGAUCAUUUGAAUCAGGUGUGCUGGAACAGGAAAACAUCCAAAACAUGCAGGACUUUUAAAGGAAGUUUUGGUGUAUGGAGGAGGGAUUUUGGGUGGGAGUCUGGUAGUGUACUGCUUUAUGUGUUUAUGUUUGUGUUAUAUGCUGGCUGAUGUACACAGGGUGAAAAUGUUCAUAAAAUAUGCAAAAAAAAAGGGAAUUGAUUAUUUGCUGUUAGGUAUGUGCUUAGCUCAGAUAAAUUCAUACCCCCCCCCCACACACACACACACACACACACACACACACACACACACACACACACACACUAUUGUUUCUCUACUUCAACUUAAUAUUCCACAGUUCCUCCACAGCAGAAUUUUCCACAUAGUCCUGGUGUAAUGUAGUCAGAAAAUGUGGUAAAACAUGGAUAUUUACAAUGCUAGGAUAAGGAUUACAUAAAAAUUGAGUGUCAUUACCUUUAUUAUAUCAACUUAAAAGGCAUCUCCUCCCGUGUGCUGCUACAGUUUUAAAUAGGUAAACUCUGUCUAGUCUCUAGUCACUCUAGUUUCUAGUCACCCAGGCUUUUACUUGGCCGUGAUUCUUCCUUCUUCUUCUGUGAACAUUUUAAACGAAUUCAGACUGUUUCUGCUUUCAUUGUGCAGCGCUGUACAUGGUUCUCAUUCAGUGUGUUUACAUGCAGUCUAGCCCCUGUUUUAGCUCGAUUAGGCACUUUAGUUGGAUUUCUGUUUUUGUCCCAGUAUAGACAUACUGGCCACAAAUUGAUAUGCUGACAAAACCAAGUGUGCCCACCUCCACAACAGUAGGUGUUGUACCCUCUUCAGCCAGUUGUACCAGUUUCUUGGCUAACAUGUUUCAGACAGAUAAACAGAUCAGUAAAAUAACAUCAAAAACAAAGACAACUCGACAUGUCGGUACCUUUUGUACCAGUCUAUACUGACCUUAUAAACCAUAUAGGUUUUGUUUACUUCCUUCUGCACAUUUAUAAAACUUUUCAUAUGUCUUUAUCUCCCUAGGGUGA